CUUGGAAAUACUACACGGGAGCGAAAAGGAAGUUCUUUGCUUUUGCAGAGACAGCAGCAGUUCACAAGAAACACUCUGAUGAUUGCUAUUUGAAUUUGAAAGAGUCAAUCACUGCGCCGUGAUUCAGUGGAUUUCAGAGAUUUGGAGGAAUUAAAAGUUGGAGCAAUAAUAGAAAGUAUUUUUGGAGUCGACACUUUGAGUCGGGACUGCCAUACGUUGUUGUUUUUUUGUUUGUUUUUUUGUACUCUCUAAAGCCUGCACCGGCUGAAUUGCAAGAGCUACAAAAAUUCUCUGAGGUUGUGCAUCAACAGUAUUCGCAUGAAUCUACUCGAUCCCUACCUGAAGAUGACAGAUGAGCAAGAGAAGUGUCUGUCUGAUGCCCCCAGUCCGAGCAUGUCCGAGGAUUCCGCGGGGUCCCCGUGUCCAUCUGGUUCGGGCUCCGACACCGAGAACACCCGACCGACCGAGAACAGCCUCAUGGCUCCGGACGGGCAACUCGGCGAGUUCAAGAAGGAUGAAGAAGACAAGUUCCCGGUUUGCAUCAGAGAUGCGGUGUCUCAGGUGUUGAAGGGAUACGACUGGACGCUCGUGCCCAUGCCGGUGAGAGUGAACGGCUCCAGCAAAAACAAGCCGCACGUGAAGAGACCGAUGAACGCGUUUAUGGUUUGGGCGCAAGCUGCGCGCAGAAAACUGGCCGAUCAAUACCCGCACCUUCACAACGCGGAGCUCAGCAAAACUCUGGGCAAACUUUGGAGAUUACUGAACGAGGGUGAAAAACGACCCUUUGUGGAGGAGGCUGAGAGACUCAGGGUUCAGCACAAGAAAGAUCACCCCGAUUACAAAUAUCAGCCCCGGCGGAGGAAGUCUGUGAAGAACGGGCAGAGCGAGUGCGAGGACGGUAACGAGCAGACUCAUAUCUCCCCGAAUGCCAUCUUCAAAGCGCUCCAGCAAGCCGACUCACCCGCCUCCAGCAUGGGAGAGGUGCACUCACCCAGCGAACACUCAGGCCAGUCCCAAGGGCCGCCCACUCCCCCCACCACCCCUAAAACUGAUGUGCAGCCAGGCAAAGUGGAUCUGAAGCGUGAGGCCCGUCCACUUCAGGAGGGCACUGGACGCCAACUCAACAUCGACUUCCGCGAUGUGGACAUUGGAGAGCUAAGCAGUGACGUCAUCUCACACAUCGAAACUUUUGACGUCAACGAGUUUGACCAGUACCUACCGCCAAACGGGCACGUGGGUGUGACCAACACGGCCUACACAGGCGGCUAUGGCAUCAGCGGUGGUGCCUCUAUCAGCCCAGUGACAGGGGGCACCGGAGGGCACAACUGGAUGGCGAAGCCCCAAAACGGGAGCCCCCAAAGUGGGCAGCAGCACACCCUGACCCCAUUGGGGACCGGUAGUGGUGGCGAGCAGGACCAAACGAGAACGACGCACAUCAAGACUGAACAGCUGAGUCCAAGUCACUACAGCGAGCAGCAGGGUUCUCCACAGCACGUCAGCUAUGGCUCCUUCAACGUUCAGCACCUCCAGCAUUACAGCACUUCAUUCCCAUCCAUCAGCCGUGCGCAGUAUGAUUACUCCGACCACCAGGGUGGCCCCACCUCCUAUUACAGCCAUGCAGGGGGUCAGAACUCCGGCCUGUACUCCACCUUCAGCUACAUGAGCUCCAGCCAGAGGCCCAUGUACACCCCCAUCGCUGACUCAACAGGGGUUCCCUCUAUCCCCCAGUCAAACCACAGUCCCCAGCAUUGGGACCAGCAGCCUGUUUACACACAGCUUUCAAGACCCUAAGGACACUUAUAUACACUCCGUCACAACACACACACACACACACACACAUUAAGAGAAGACUGAUGGGCCUGCAUAGAGACUCAUUACACAUUCCAUUCUCUUUAAAACACACACACACACUUGAUUUUCCCCACACACAUAAAGAAACAUUGAAAUGUAGGAAAGAAAGCUGGACUUCAAAAAAAAAAAAAGAAUUUAACUCAAAAUGGCUCCCAACGUGCCUUUUUUAAUUGCCUGAAAUAGUGAUUAGAAUAUAUAUUUUCAGCCUUGAUUGCAAGUAAAGAGAAACAUUUCUGAGAAAUUAAUCCUCUGUGAGGACUUAUUGAUUAUUGAUACUUUAAUAUGUACUGUGUAUGUUUUCUUAACAUGUUCUUUUUGUAUUUCUGCCAGUCAUGAGAGGCCUUCUGUGAUUCUUGUAGAGAAGUCUAUUUUUACUAAACCACUUUCAGUAGUACACACAACCUUGGUUUUUCAAGCCCGUCUUUUUCAUCAACAAUAACAAUCUCUUACCUUCUAUUGUCUGUAGUUUUCAUGCUGUGCAUUUUAAUCUCUAGUUUGAUUUUGUUUCCUUUAUUUAUGUUCCUUUAAAAUACCAUCCCUCUCCAAAAGUCACAAAACUCAAUACAUUUUAAGGUAUUACUAGAUCUUGUAAAGCUGUUUGUUUGUCUUCCCGCCUAACAUCACUGUCUGUCAUAUGUUGGAAGUGUAUGCGAGUUAGGUUUAAAGCGGGAAAACCUUCGUGGCAGCUGCAGAAAUUACUGAGUGCAUAACAGCAUGUGUCACAGCUCCAGGAAGUGCCCUAUGACCUCUGCUUGUCAUUAGCAGCCUGCAGAAGGCCAGUGUCACCUUUCAGCCCAUUUAAUUUAUUUAUUAGUAUUAAUUUUAUUUCAAAGAAAUUAUUUGCAUUUUAUUCUUUAAUACUUUAUACAAAAAAAAAUAUUAUUAUUUUGCGCCUCUGAAUAUGGUGGCAUAUAAUCCAAUGGGCCAUUUCGAUAGAGGGCUGGUACUUAAUAUGGUAAAAUUCUGUAUUCAUCAUGUUUAUUUAUCGUAUGUAGAUUUUUCUAUUUUAAAUGGUUAUUUGUCCUUAUUUCUAACCAGUUGUGUAAUAAUGCACAAAAUACUGUUGCAAUUUCUAAAAUAAGGCUGAUUAAACUGGAAGAGUAGUCUUUCUGUCUGAAAGUUAGUAGUAGUAGUUGUUUUUUAAGUUAGUUAGUUGGCUUAUUUCUUUGCUUUAAAAUUGUUUCCCUCUCAAAUUUAUGCUUUACUCCAUGUCAGCAAUCUCAGUACUGAUGUUGAUAUCUUUUUGUUUUUUACACAAACUGAACAAAUGAUCCUUUAUGUCUUUCAAAAGUUUAACAUGUUACUGCCUUUGAAGAAGCUCAUCUUUUGUAUUGUAUUUGCAAUAAAAGCAAGAAUAAAACUUAAACCAGAGACCUAGGAGUUUUUUGUUC